AUGGCGGCCGGGGCUGAUCUGAGCCGAGGCCUGGAGCCGGUGGCUGUGGCAGUGGCACCGCUCGGGGAGGCCCCGCCGGCCUUUCAGUACAGCCCAGACAACGUGGCUGGAGCAGAUGGAGAGGUUGACCCCACUGAAAUCACCUUCCCAGGCUGCUCUUGCCUGACCAGCUCCUGCCUGCCUGCGGCCUGCUCCUGCCUGCGCCACGGUGACAACUACAGCGACUCCCGCCUCAGGGCCGCGGAGCGAGAGGAGGGCUACACCAGGCCUGUGUUUGAGUGCAAUGCCAUGUGCCAGUGUGGGGAAGCCUGCCAGAACAGGCUGGUGCAGAGGGGCCUGCAGCUGAGGCUGGAGGUGUUCAAGACGGAGAGGAAAGGGUGGGGCCUGCGCACGCUGGAACCCAUAGCUCAGGGCAGCUUCGUCUGCGAGUACGCUGGGGAAGUUCUGGGCUUCAGGGAGGCAUGCAGAAGAGUUCAGGCCCAGGCCCCAGAGGACUCCAACUACAUCAUAGUGGUGAGGGAGCACCUCCACAGUGGGGGGGUCCUGGAGACGUUUGUGGACCCCAGCCAUGUCGGGAACGUGGGCAGGUUCCUGAACCACUCCUGUGACCCCAACUUAUUCAUGGUGCCGGUGCGGGUCGACUCCAUGGUGCCCAGGCUGGCCCUCUUUGCAGCCACUGAGAUUGCUGCUGGAGAGGAACUUUCCUAUGAUUAUUCUGGGAGAUUCCAUAAUCUACCACCCUCUGACAGAGAACAGAAACCUCCAGGGGAAGCUGCUGGCCUGAGGAAGCCUUGCUACUGUGGUUCCCCUGCCUGUGCUUCCUUCUUGCCUUGGGACAGCUCCCUCUUCUCCACGCCAGAGCCCUGCUCAGGGAGCUCUCCCUAGCUCCUCAGCCCUGUUCUCUGGCUGUUACAGAAAACUCUGACUCUGGAUUCCAGCAAGGAAGCACCUUUGGUUUUGAGAAGCAGCUGAAAGAAGUUUCUGAGGAGAAUUUCUUGUACCAUCCAUUGUUUGCUCUGUACAGGUUUGAUCUGGAACU